ACCAAUCCGGGUUCGGAUCCGGACUCGGAUCCAAAUCUCCUUCAUCUUCCUCCUCACCCAUUUUUCUCUAUCUUCAUCCUCCGACCAAUCUUCACUCAAAACCGACUCAUUAUCACUCCUCUCUUUCAAAUCAAUGAUCCAAGACGAUCCAAACAACAUUCUCUCAAACUGGACACCUCGUAAAUCGCCUUGUCAAUUCUCCGGUGUCACUUGUCUUGGAGGAAGAGUCACCGAGAUUAAUCUCUCCGGUAGUGGCCUCUCCGGAAUCGUCUCCUUCAAUGCUUUUACCUCUCUUGAUUCUCUCUCUGUUCUCAAACUCUCAGAGAACUUUUUUGUUUUAAACUCAACCUCUCUUCUUCUUCUUCCCUUAAGCCUAACUCUCCUCGAACUCUCUUCCUCCGGUUUAAUAGGAAUCCUCCCUGAAAAUUUCUUCUCCAAAUACUCAAAUCUUAUUUCCAUCACUCUCUCUUACAAUAACUUCACCGGAAAGUUACCUAAUGAUCUUUUCUUAAGCAGCAAGAAACUCCAAACCCUUGAUCUUUCUUACAACAACAUUACCGGUUCAAUCUCCGGUUUAACCAUUCCUCUCUCUUCUUGCGUCUCUUUAUCGUUUCUUGAUUUCUCCGGUAACAGUAUCUCCGGCUAUAUCCCUGACUCACUCAUCAACUGCACCAACCUCAAAAGCUUGAAUCUUUCUUACAACAACUUCGAUGGGCAGAUUCCAAAAUCUUUCGGUGAGCUAAAACUCUUACAAAGUUUGGAUCUUUCGCAUAAUCGACUCACGGGUUGGAUCCCACCGGAGAUCGGAGACACUUGCCGGUCAUUACAAAACCUCCGGCUUUCUUACAAUAACUUCACUGGUGUGAUCCCUGAGUCGUUGUCUUCUUGUUCUUGGCUACAAAGUCUUGACCUUUCCAACAACAACAUCUCCGGUCCGUUUCCGAACACUAUCCUCCGGAGUUUUGGAUCUCUUCAAAUCUUGCUUCUCAGCAACAACUUAAUCUCCGGUGAGUUUCCGACUUCAAUCUCUGCUUGUAAGAGCUUGAGAAUCGCUGAUUUCAGCUCGAAUCGAUUCUCCGGUGUGAUUCCGCCGGAUUUAUGUCCCGGAGCAGCUUCACUAGAAGAGUUAAGAAUCCCGGAUAAUCUCGUCACCGGAGAGAUUCCUCCGGCGAUAUCUCAGUGCUCGGAGCUUCGAACGAUUGAUCUCAGUCUCAAUUAUCUCAACGGUACAAUCCCACCGGAGAUCGGAAACCUCCAGAAACUCGAGCAAUUCAUCGCUUGGUACAACAACCUCGCCGGAAAAAUCCCACCGGAGAUCGGAAAACUACAAAACCUCAAAGAUUUAAUCCUCAACAACAAUCAACUCACCGGAGAAAUCCCACCGGAGUUUUUCAAUUGCAGCAACAUCGAAUGGAUCUCAUUCACAAGCAACAGAUUAACCGGAGAAGUCCCUAAAGAUUUCGGAAUCCUUUCCCGGUUAGCUGUUCUUCAGCUCGGAAACAACAAUUUCACCGGAGAAAUCCCACCGGAGCUAGGAAAAUGCACAACUCUGGUUUGGCUUGAUCUUAACACAAACCACUUAACCGGUGAAAUCCCACCCCGGUUAGGUCGUCAACCCGGUUCAAAAGCACUCUCCGGUUUACUCUCAGGCAACACAAUGGCUUUUGUUAGAAACGUUGGAAACUCAUGUAAAGGUGUUGGAGGUUUGGUUGAGUUCUCAGGGAUCAGACCAGAGAGGCUUCUUCAGAUUCCUUCUCUUAAGAGCUGUGACUUCACAAGAAUGUAUUCAGGUCCAAUUCUGAGUCUAUUCACAAGAUAUCAAACCAUUGAGUAUCUUGAUCUUUCUUAUAAUCAGCUUCGAGGUAAAAUCCCUGAUGAGAUUGGAGAAAUGAUUGCUCUUCAAGUUCUUGAGCUUUCUCAUAAUCAACUCUCCGGCGAGAUUCCGUUCACGAUUGGUCAGCUCAAGAAUCUCGGUGUGUUCGAUGCUUCGGAUAAUCGGUUACAGGGUCAAAUCCCUGAAUCUUUCUCGAAUUUGUCUUUCUUGGUGCAGAUUGAUUUGUCGAAUAACGAGUUAACCGGUCCGAUUCCUCAGAGAGGUCAGCUAAGCACGCUUCCGGCGACUCAGUAUGCGAAUAAUCCGGGGCUUUGCGGUGUUCCUUUACCGGAAUGUAAGAAUGGAAACAAUCAGCUUCCUGCUGGACCGGAGGAAGGGAAACGUGCUAAGCACGGAACUACGGCGGCUUCUUGGGCGAAUAGCAUUGUUUUGGGGGUGUUGAUUUCCGCUGCUUCGGUUUGUAUUUUGAUCGUUUGGGCGAUUGCGGUUCGGGCGAGGAAGAGAGACGCGGAAGAUGCAAAGAUGCUUCACAGUUUGCAGGCGGUUAAUUCCGCCACGACAUGGAAGAUUGAGAAGGAGAAAGAGCCGUUGAGUAUUAAUGUAGCAACGUUUCAACGACAGUUGAGGAAGCUUAAGUUUUCACAGCUAAUUGAAGCUACAAAUGGAUUCUCGGCCGCGAGUAUGAUUGGACAUGGUGGAUUUGGCGAGGUUUUCAAGGCGACGCUUAAAGAUGGUUCUUCCGUGGCAAUCAAGAAACUUAUUAGACUUAGUUGUCAAGGAGAUCGAGAGUUUAUGGCGGAAAUGGAAACCUUAGGGAAGAUCAAACACCGAAACCUUGUACCGCUCUUGGGAUACUGUAAAAUUGGGGAAGAAAGAUUGCUAGUUUACGAGUUUAUGCAAUAUGGAAGCCUCGAGGAGGUGCUUCACGGACCGAGAACAGGCGAAAAACGGAGGAUCUUGAACUGGGAAGAACGGAAAAAGAUUGCGAAAGGAGCAGCAAAAGGGCUUUGCUUCUUGCAUCACAAUUGUAUCCCUCACAUAAUCCACCGCGAUAUGAAAUCGAGCAACGUGCUCCUCGAUCAAGACAUGGAAGCAAGAGUUUCUGAUUUCGGAAUGGCAAGACUGAUCAGCGCGUUAGACACACAUUUGAGUGUAAGUACCUUGGCGGGAACGCCAGGUUACGUACCACCAGAGUAUUACCAGAGUUUCAGAUGUACCGCAAAAGGCGACGUGUACUCAGUCGGAGUAGUGAUGCUCGAGAUUUUAAGCGGGAAAAGACCAACGGAUAAAGAAGAGUUUGGUGAAACGAAUUUAGUUGGUUGGUCGAAGAUGAAAGCAAGAGAAGGGAAACAUAUGGAAGUGAUUGAUGAAGACCUUCUAAGUCUAAAAGAAGGUUCUUCGGAGACUCUAAAUGAAAAAGAAGGUUUUGAAGGAGGAGUGAUUGUGAAAGAAAUGUUAAGGUAUUUGGAGGUAGCGUUACGGUGCGUUGACGAUUUCCCAUCAAAGAGGCCAAAUAUGUUACAAGUUGUUGCUUCGUUGAGAGAACUUCGUGGAAGUGAAAAUAAUAGUCACAGUCACAGUAACAGCUUGUAACGACCAUGAUGAUCUGUUCAGUUUUUUUUUUGGUUUUUCAGUUAUUUUUUUUAUGUGAGAAUGUAUGUGUGGUGGUGGAUCAAUGAUUAAAAUUUCAUUAUGUAUCAAAUUUUUAUUAAUGUAAUUUAAACUCUGAUUCCAUUACUAAAUAACUGCACAGAUUAUAAUAAAUCAGAGUUUAGUUG